AUGUGCACUGCUCCGCUUGCGACGGCAGCGCCGGGAGCGGGGGCUCCGCCGGCAGCACCGGCGGGGGCGGUAGCGCCGGGAGCAGAGCCCGUGAAGCGGCGGCUCUGGGCAGACCUGGCGGCGGAGGAGGAAGUAGCCGCUAGACCCGAUGCCCUGCAGGCGGCGACCCUGCCCGCGGGGUCGCGCGGGCUGCUGGAGGCGCGGCCGCCGGAGCCGCCCCAGGCGCCGCGGCGGCAGCGCGCGGCGGCGGCGGCGGACCGCGCCGCGGAGGCCGCUCAGGCGGACCGCCUGCUGAAGCUGUGGGACUACGACGAGGGCGUGUGCAAGUACGUCGGGUGUUCUGCGGGCGAGGUGCUCCGGCACCGGCCGCUGCUGCAGGCCGUCGCCGACACAGGCGUGGGCCACAGCGGUCAGAUCACUUGCGCGGCCAUCUCUCCGGACCAGACCUUCAUCGUGUCCGCAGGCACAGAGGGCUCGGUUCUCAUCUGGACCAUGCCGGACGCGGUCCUGCAGCAGUGCCACGAGGGCCCGCUGCCGGGGGCGCGGCAAGGCGCGGCCGCGCCGUCCCCACCGGCACCCCGGCCGAAGCCGAAGGCGAAGACGAAGGGCCCCAGCAAAGGGCCGAGCCCCAACCCGCAGGACGAGGCCAGAAGCAGGGCGCAGUGCCUGGCCGCGCUGAACAGUGCCAUGGAGGAGGACUACAAGUGCAAGGCUCCGGAAAGAGCAUCUGCACACCACCCGCCGUGCCUGGCCAGGGCACUCCUGGGCCUCGGGAUGGCGUGCAGAGUGGCGGUCCACGACGCCCUCGCCGCCGCGCUGAGGACGUAGGCGGCGGCAGGCGCUUGGCGCUGAGAGGCGCUGUGCACGGGCCGGCCUUGGCGCAAAAACGCGCCCUCGGGCCGGUUCGGUUUUCUUUUCACAGGAUCGGUGGCGUCCAGGGGGUGAGUUGGGAGCCCAGACGUCGAAGUUCGGCGGAUGGGUGUGCUCAUGUCUGAUGAUGGUCAGGCAGGACGACGACGUGAAGGCACCCCUGCGCUCCCCACGAGCACGAACGCCCGGCCGAACAGUUUGAUGUGGCCGGGCCAGCAGCCCGGCGAGCGGGUGUCCGCGCGGGCAGGCUCGAGCGACCCUUAGAAUUGUGCCUCUCCACCCUCGUCUCCCGCUGGCUUCAGUGUCUAUUCGCUCGCGAAUCCCUCUGCCCCCCUCUCGUUUUUCC